UUCGGCUUCCAUUCUACGCGUUAGAGAGAGAGACGAGAGAGAGAGAGGACGAACGAAGAAGAAGAAGAAGCAGCAGACGAAGGAAGGAGAACGAACCACACCACCAAGGGCGUGACAGAGAAUAUCAGAGAGCAAUGGACGAAAGGCCUUCUGCUAAGAGAUGGCUUCCUCUUGAAGCUAACCCUGAUGUCAUGAACCAGUUCCUUUGGGGCCUCGGGCUUCGUGAGGAUGAGGCAGAGUGCUACGAUGUAUAUGGAUUGGACGAGGAUCUCUUGGAAAUGGUCCCAAAACCUGUUCUUGCUGUUGUGUUUCUUUAUCCGUUGACGGCCAAGACUGAAGAAGAGAGAAUACUUCAAGAUAGUGAGAUGAAGGAGCCUACCUGUGGAGUUUACUUCAUGAAACAAACUGUGGGAAAUGCUUGCGGAACAAUUGGACUUCUGCAUGCUGUUGGGAAUGUUGCCUCUGAGAUAAACCUUGUUGAAGAGUCUUUCUUGGACAGAUUCUUCAAAUCUACUGCAAACAUGGAUCCAUUGGAGCGUGCAGCAUUCCUUGAAAAGGACAGGGAAAUGGAAGUAGCUCAUUCUUUAGCUGCUACUGGUGGUGAAACUGAGGUUUCAGAGAAUGUGGACACGCAUUUUAUCUGUUACACCUGUGUGGAUGGCCAAUUAUAUGAGCUUGAUGGACGGAAGUCGGGACCAAUUUCACAUGGUCCAUCCUCACAUGGCAGCUUAUUGCAGGAUGCAGCUAAAGUCAUACAAGGAGUGAUCCGAAACAAUCCUGACUCAGUCAACUUCAAUGUCAUUGCUAUUUCAAAGAAAUCUGGGGAGCCCUAGUAUUGCUGCGAUGAGCUCAAAUGAUCGGUUUCAUGCAUAGGUUGAGUGUUUUGCUUUACUCACCCGGAUCUAGUUGUUUCGUACCUCACCACUUCGUCGUGCUUUCAACACACGGUUGCCAGAAUUCAGUACUAAAACUUGUUGCAGUUUUUUUGCGUAUGCAAGUUUUUGAUUACACUUGUUGCGUUAGGAAAAAUAAUUUGGUUUUAUGAAUGUGGUGACUGAUGAUAACCGACGGCAUAUGCCUAUUCGGCCCUUGAACAAUGUUUGGGCCAACUUUGCUGCUUAUUUGUAGCUGUGAUUAUAUUGGAUAAUGAUUCCAGGGUUCUACUUAA